GUAAUGGGGAGAGGCAUGAGAAGCAUGAGAAGCUUGGGCUCGACAACGGCCUUGGUCAUGCUGGCACCCAUUCCUCUCCAGUCGGCGGACCAGCAUCGGGACCGAGACCGGGACCGGGACCCUUGUACUUUCCAUGACCUCAAAUCCUUCACCACCGAAGUUUCUUCUUCCUUCCCUCCUGAUUCUGCACCUAUCAUCGAACCUGACAUCCAACAAAUCGACCACGACUCCAUCACCCAAUCACUACCCGCAGGACAGCCACAUCCACUGUCACAGCCCCCUGCUCAUCUCGCUUCCGUCCCUGUUGCUGGACCCGCAGCUGCCCAACCAGCUGGGCACGUCGCACUCCCAAACGCGCCUAGCAGCACCGGUACCGGCACCUGCACCUGCACCUGCCCCAGCACUAUUACCACCACCACUACCACCACUACCACUGGCACCGGCACCACCACGACAAGUGCCACUGCCGCUCCCGCCUCUACCCAAAAUAAGAAGACUCGCGGCCCUGCAGCCCUUGCCAGGCACUCCGGCCCGUCACUUCUGACACAGGCCUUGGCGAGUGCGCGUGGCAUUCCUUCCGCUUCAACUUCCACAUCCACUUCACCAUCCUCCCACUCGGAUGACUCGCGUCCCAAAACCACCCCAAGUCCACCCUCCCAUGCUGCUGCCACCGCCAAUACUAAGAACAAACAGCCCUCGCCGCCGUCCGAAGUUGCGACGCCGCUUGCGACGCCGCCUUUUGCUACUACACUUCAGUCCCUGACUUUGCCUGCGCCCUCGAUCAGCAACAGCUACGACAACAACAACAGCGGCAGCGACAGCGGCAGGGACAGCGGCAGUAAUAACAAUACUACCAAUCAUAAUAACAGCCACAAUAGCGCAGGUGCCAACUCCCAUGGUGUAUCCCGCGAAAAGGGCGAUCGCGCCUCAGUAACGCCUCGGACUGCUCCGACCAUCAGUUCCGUGACCCCAGCCACCACUACCGCCUCGACGACGUCCGCUCCCAUGGCCGCGAUACUCUCCCCGGCCGCCCCUGUUGGCGCGCCCCCGUCAUCCUACGAUGCGACCAAUCUCGGCGACAUCGCCGGCAUGUUUGCCGACCGUCUCGCCUACAGUCGGGACUCCAGACACAGGGGGGUUUCUACUGGCCAACUUGAGAAGGAAACCAAGGACACUACGAACACGAAGACCACGGACGUGGUGGAAUUCCCGCCUCGAAGUGGCUUCUCGCACUCGAACGGAACAACCACGCCGGCAACUCGCCCUGCCGCUCAUCCCGCCAACAACUCCGAGUGGAAGGAUCUCCUCUCCGAGCUCCGAACUGUCUGCGCGUCCCGAACACCUGAACAACGCCUGCAGAAAGGUCCCGAGAAGAUGUGGUCCAUAGGCUCUGCCGGUAACCUCGACGGGGAGGAGGAUGGUCAGGUCGAGAAGGCCGUGACCGAAGCCAUGAUGGGCACCGAACCGAAUGCUCGGAGCCGCAAGACGAGCCACAGCCUUCGCUUCUUCAGAGAAGGCCUCCCCAAGGUCUCCAUGCCCCCCAAGAUCCCCAAAGAGGAGAAGGAGAAGGGUCGUAAGAAGACCCAUCGCCAGGCGGCCCCUAGCGAUGCCCAAUUGGUAGUUUCUGGGGGAGAGCCACCCUCGCACCCGGAAAGCUCGGAGACGUCCAUGGAUGACUUGGGACAGGGCGCGACGGCGGCCACCGCCUUGCCUUCGCCGCUUCUUGGCCCCCGCGACGAGCCCGAACGGGGCGUACUACAGCGGGCGAAGACUUUCCCGGUUGAUUUGACCGAGACUGCCCUCGACGAAUCCAAGGCACGACGCGACUAUUUCGGCUUGCGACGAAAGCACGGACAAAUGUUCGACGAGAGCGCCGAUCUCUUCUCGCGAGAGCGAGCCGACGAGAACGAGGACGAGGACGAGGACCAGGACGAGGACGAGGGGGAGUCGACUCCGUCCACUCCGCGCGCUGCGGCCCAUGACGUGGGUACGACGGAGCCUCGUUUCACCGAACACCGGCGGGGCUCGGGCGAAAGCACCGAAGUCGGAGACAGCCACGAAGAAGGCGACGAGUCGGGUGAGGAGAAGAUAUCGUCUGCCGUCUUUGUGCCCCACCAGGGCCCGGACGAAUCAGGAAGCGACGAUAGCGACGUGGCUCCGAGCCUGAGACCGCCGCUGGGACCCCGGACUGCGACGCGAAAUGGGGAUUUCCACCCUUGGUUGGUCAAGGCCGACGAGCCGGAACCAGGGCCCGAAGAAGAGGAGGCGGUGGUAGAAGAACCGUCCCAUCCCGGGAAGGAGACAGAGGAGACAGAGGAGACGGCGGCGGCGGCAGCGGCAGCGGCAGCAUUAACGCCAGCAACGGCAGCUGAGGUGCAGGAUGCAGCGCAGUCGAGGCCGAGUCGGGCACCCGAAGCUGCCCAGUCUGUCGUUGAGACAAAGCGAGACAAGCUAGAUAAGCACCAUUACCCCAGCAACGAGAAAUCGGAGGAGACCAGGGAAGCACAGGCACCGAGAGGGGAGGUUGAGUUGCAACAAGAUCAGCGGCAGGUGCACGACCAACACGUAGGAAUCAAAGAGGAGCCUCUAGAGGCAAUAGAACUCAUUCCCUAUCGCCACCAGGUGGGCGGCCACACUACCCUCUGGCGCUUCUCCCGCCGAGCCGUGUGUAAGCAGCUCAACAACAGGGAGAAUGAGUUUUACGAAAAGGUCGAGCGGCAUCACCGUGACCUGCUGACUUUCUUGCCGAGAUACAUCGGCGUACUGAACGUGACGUUUUCGAAGGAAGUCAGGCGCAAGUCGGUUGUCCAUAAACGCGACGAAAUUGCUUCGCUGGAGCGUCCACAAAAUGGUGAUCAUGACGCGACACGGACGCCAUCGGAUCCCAAUGCCGCCCAACCACGCAAGGAAGGCCGCUCGGGCGAUACCAUGCAGAACGGCGACCUCUCUCCGAGAGUGAUCAGCCGUUCUCUGGCGUCCGGACAGAUUCCCAUCCCGACUGUUACAUUCGACGACAACAAGCACAUCCUCCCGCGCUAUCUGCUCCAGCCGACGCCCCCGCCUUCUUUAUCGGGCCGGAGUCGAAGCAGUUCGGCGGCAGCAACCCCGAACGGGGCCAGCGAACCCAUCAAUGUGCGAACCGAACGCCCCAAGCUGGAAGGGCGGCACGCGAACAGCUGGGGGGCCACGACCGUCAACAAGCGGCUCCGCAAUGAGGUGUUCAACGAUGCGUUCCUCAAGCAGCCGAUCCCCGUGCGCAAGCAUCGGCGACCGCAUCAACGGUCCAUCCCCCUCCGCAUGCACCAGAUGGGUCGGGCGCCGUCGGAUUCGGUGGCGUCGGCGCAACGUCAGGGCAUAUCGCAGGAAGUGACGACCCAAGUGGACCACCCACCGGCGGCGGAGAACACAGACGCGCAGAAGCCGGCCGGCGAGGAGUGCCUCGACGAGGCUGGAGCGUCGAAGCCCACGACGAGGAGCGACAGUGACGAAGACAACGUGCCGGACGUGACGGGAACUAGUGCGCCCGAACCAGACACGCUCGGCGAGCAGAUGAGCUCGGACCACAAGAAGAGGAAGCGUCGGUACUCGGGCAGCGCUCUGCGGAGGAAGCCGCGCGACGUGAUGGACUCGAGGGGUCGUUUGAAGUACUGGGAACAGGCGGACGAUGCGCGCAUCAAGGGCGAUGACGAUGGCGACGAGACUACUGCCACGACGAGAUGUGCCCUUCCGGGUCGCGAGGAAGCGAUUGAAUCUUUGACGACGAAGCCGACGACGACGACGCAAGGUAACGGCAUCGCCCACAGCCAGGAGAGGGACGGCAUGCCGCAGGAGGUGUCUGCUUCGGCGGCCGUGGAAGCGCCGGCAGCACCAGCACCGAUACAAGAAUUCGAAAAGAUCCCCCGGCCGGUCAACCCCAAGGAGGCGCAGAUCCAAGGGCGGAAGGACUGCCGGGCCGAGCUGUUCCUGCUGCUGGAGGACCUGACGGCGGGGAUGAAGCGGCCGUGCAUCAUGGACCUCAAGAUGGGCACGCGGCAGUACGGGGUGGACGCGACGCCGAAGAAGCGCAAGUCGCAGCAGGGGAAGUGCGCGCGGACGACGUCGCGGCAGCUCGGGGUGCGGGUGUGCGGGCUGCAGGUGUGGGACGUGCCUUCGCAGUCGUACGUGUUCAGGGACAAGUACUACGGGCGCGGGCUGACGGCGGGGCGCGAGUUCCAGGCGGCGCUGACGCGGUUCCUGUACGACGGCGUCGACGCGGGGAGCAUCCUGCGGCACAUCCCGACGAUCCUGGCCAAGCUGGACCAGCUCGAGUCGAUCGUGCGCGGGCUGGACGGGUACCGGUUCUACGCGGCCAGCCUGCUGAUGUUCUACGACGGGGACACGGGCACGGGCACGGGCACGGGGGCCGGUGGGGAGUAUGAUACGGCGGUGGAGGACUCGACGACGGAUUUCGCGACGGAUACGGAGGAGACGGCGGCGGCAUUGAAAGAGAGGCGGCGGCGUCGGAACAAGCGGGAGAUUGAUUUUAAGAUUGCGGACUUUGCCAAUAGCCUGACCGAGGGCGACUUGGCGGAGGGGAAGCCGUGUCCGCCGCAGCACCCGGACGAGCCGGACUGGGGGUUCAUUCGGGGGCUGCGGUCGCUCCGGCGGUAUUUCCUCCGCAUCCAGAGGGAUGUUCGGGCGGAGAUGGGGCUGGUGGGGGCGCGGAAUGGGGCGGAUUCAGAAUGGUUUUUGUUUGAAGAGGAGGAGGAGGAAGGGUGUGUGAGUGAGUAGGGGGGGGGUUUUCUUUUUUUCUUUUCUUUUUUUCUUUUCUUUUCUUUUCCUUUUUUUUUUUUUUUUUGUCCUUUUUGUUCCUUUUCUU